GUGGCGGAGCGGCUGGGGGCGGAGGCAACAUAGCCCCCGCGGAAAAGGAGCCCCGCGGCGCCUGAGCCGAGCGGAGGAUGGAGAACCGGCCUGGGUCCUUCCAGUACGUCCCUGUGCAGCUGCAAGGGGGGGCGCCCUGGGGCUUCACCCUUAAGGGGGGUCUGGAACACUGCGAACCGCUCACAGUGUCUAAGAUUGAAGAUGGAGGCAAGGCAGCCUUGUCCCAGAAGAUGAGGACUGGUGAUGAGCUGGUGAAUAUCAAUGGCACUCCAUUGUAUGGCUCCCGCCAAGAGGCCCUCAUCCUCAUCAAAGGCUCCUUCCGGAUCCUCAAGCUGAUUGUCAGGAGGAGAAACGCCCCUGUUAGUAGGCCGCACUCAUGGCAUGUGGCCAAGCUGCUGGAGGGAUGCCCUGAAGCGGCCACCAACAUGCAUUUCCCUUCUGAAGCCUUCAGCUUGUCCUGGCAUUCUGGCUGCAACACAAGUGACGUGUGUGUGCAGUGGUGUCCACUCUCCCGGCACUGCAGCACUGAGAAAAGCAGCUCCAUUGGCAGCAUGGAGAGCCUGGAGCAACCAGGCCAAGCCAUCUAUGAGGGCCACCUCUUGCCCAUUGACCAGAGCACAUACCCCAACCAGCGUGACUCAGCCUAUAGCUCCUUCUCGGCCAGCUCAAAUGCCUCUGACUGUGCCCUUUCCCUCAGGCCAGAGGAGCCAGCCUCUGCAGACUGCAUCAUGCAAGGCCCAGGGUCAACUAAGGCCCCUAAUGGCCGGCUUAAUGUGGCCGAGACCUCAGGAGGAGGCCGGCGUACCAGUGGGGGCCACCUGACUCCUAACUCCCAGAUGUUAUCUCAUCCACAGGAGGUCCACCACUCAGGGCCUGCCAAGGCUGCCAGGGGUCCACCACAACCUCCAGUGAGGCGAGACAGUCUUCAGGCCUCCAGAGCCCAACUCCUCAAUGGAGAGCAGCGCAGGGCUUCUGAGCUUGUGGACUCCUUGCAACAGAAUGAAAAACCUAGCUCGGACACCACACUAUCCCCAAGAAACGCUAACAGGUUCUGCUGCCUCAGCGGGCAAGACCAAGUGACAAAUGAGGGCCAUCAGAACUGUGAGCUCAGCCAACUUCCUGAAUCCAGCCAGAAGGGCUCUGAGCAUCUACUGAUGGAGGCCUCGGCCAAAGCUAUUGGAUUCCCAAAAGCAUACGACAAAGCUUCCAGCAUAGAUUCCAGCCCACUCAACCAGGCUUCAGCAGAGCUAGCUAAGGCUUCUUCUUUUGGCAAUCCUCCACACAUCACAGGACAUCGCCAUAGUGCCCCUGAACAGCUACUAGUAUCCCAUUUUCAGCAUGUUCACCUUGAUACUAGGGACAGCAAGGGGAUGGAGCUCCCAGCUGGGCAGGAUGGGCAGGAGUGGACUCUAUCCCCUUUGCACAGUAGCCACGCAGGCAAGAAAGGCCCAUGUCCUCUUGCAGGAGGAACCCAAGACCAGUCCAGCAAAGAGAGAAAGGCCAGACCAGUGGAUGACAGACCUCUGGGUUCGGGACAUCAGAACCCAAGCAGUUCCCCACAUGGAGAGGCUGAUGCACACCUUCCAGAAAGAAGUUUCCAGGACCCAAACAGGGCAAGCAGAGCUGACAGUGAAUUGGCCAGCCAGCAGUCCUUUGCAUCUGGCUCCCUUGCUCAACCAACCAGGGACUGUUCUUCAACCACUAAAGGAGCUGGCAGCACAGAGGCAACUGAAGAAGGGGACAGUGAGCCCAAGGAGUGUGGCCGGGUAGGGGGUAGGCGAAAUGGAGGGACCCGGGGCCGCUCGAUCCAAAACCGGCGGAAGAGCGAGCGUUUUGCUACCAAUCUACGUAAUGAAAUUCAGAGGAGGAAGGCCCAGCUUCAGAAAGGCAAGAGUCCCUUGUCUCAGCUGUGUGACACCAAGGAGCCAGUGAAAGAGACUGAGGAGCACCUAGAAAGUCCUCCACUUCCUGCCUCUAACUCAUCCCUUCUAUCUUCCUAUAAAAAGCCACCUAGCCCCAGAGACAAGCUCUUCAACAAGAGCGUGAUACUCAGGGCUUGGUCUUCAGAGUGCCUCAGCAAAGCCCCUGAGGGCCAUGAAUCUAGGACGGGCUUGGAAGGACGAAUGAGCCCUGGCCAGAGACCCAGCCAGUCCUCUUUGAGCCUGAACACCAGGUGGAAAGCAUCUGACCCAUCCUCCUCAGACUCUGAAAAAACAAAUGUUCACCGCGGAGUCCGUGGAGGUCACUGGAGAUGGUCACCAGAGCACAACCUGCAGCCACAUGUGGCACUAGCCACGGAAGGCCCUUCCAACCCAGGUGACAAAGAAUUGAAGGCUUCUACUGCCCAAGCUGGGGAGGAAGCCAUCCUCUUGCCCUUUGCAGACAGAAGAAAGUUCUUUGAAGAGAGCAGCAAAUCCUUAUCUACAUCUCAUUUGCCAGGUUUAACCACUCAUAGCAAGUCUUUUACCCAGAGACCAAAGCCUAUUGACCAAAACUUCCAGCCAAUGAGCUCCAGCUAUAGGGAAUUGAGGCGCCAUCCCAUGGACCAAUCAUAUCACUCCACAGACCAACCCUAUCGUGCCACAGACCAAUCAUAUCAUUCCAUGUCACCCCUUCAGUCAGAAACUCCCACUUACACAGAAUGUUUUGCGAGCAAAGGUCUAGAACAAUCCAUGUGUUGUAAGCCACUACACUGUGGUGAUUUUGAUUACCGCAGGACAUGCUCUUACUCCUGCAAUGUCCAGGGAGCUGUAGUCCAUGACCCUUGCAUGUAUUGUUCUGGGGAAAUCUGCCCUGCUUUGCGAAAGAGAAAUAUGAUGCCAAACUGCUACAACUGCCGGUGCCACCACCACCAGUGCAUCCGGUGUUCAGCUUGCUAUCAUAAUCCCCAGCACGGUACCCUCGAGGACAGCAGCUUGGCACCUGGAAACAUUUGGAAACCCAGGAAUCUAACAGUGCAGGACUUUCCUGGGGACAAAUGGAAACCAGUACCAGGAAACAGGAAGACCAGCCAGUCAGGGAGGGAAAUGGCUCAUUCCAAGGCUAGCUUUCCAUGCGCAACCCCCUUCCAUCCUUGCCUUGAGAACCCAGCACUGGACUUGUCAAGCUACCGAGCAAUCUCUUCUCUUGACCUCCUUGGAGACUUCAAGCACCCCUCAAAAAAACCAGAGGAAACCUCGGUUUAUGAAGAGGACAGCUCCCUAGCCUCCAUGCCCCGCCCACUGCGCAGCCGGGCCUUCUCAGAGAGCCACAUCAGCUUUGAUCCUCAGAGCUCCAGGGCUUGGGGGCAGCAUAGGAAGGAGCUCUUUACCAAAGUUGAUGAGAUCCAGCCAGAUCCUCUGGGUGCCAGGAAGAAGGCCUUUUCUCCUCCUCGCCCUCCUCCUCCCAACUGGGAGAAGUAUAGGCUCUUUCGUGCAGCCCAGCAGCAGCAGCAGCAGCAGCAACAACAACAGCAGCAACAGCAGCAGAAGCAGCAAAAGCAGCAGGAAGAGGAGGAGGAAGAAGAAGAAGAGGAAGAGGGGGUGGAGGAGGAGGACGAGGAAGAAGAGGAGGAGGGGGAGGAGGAGGAGCUGCCACCCCAGUAUUUCAGUUCAGAAACCACUGGUUCCAGUGCCCUCAAUCCUGAGGAGGUCCUGGAGCAGCCCCAACCACUGGGCUUUGGCCACCUGGAAGCCUCGAGGCAGGGCUCACAAAGCCUCCCAGCAGAGCAAGAGUCCUUUGCUCUCCAUUCCAGCGAUUUCCUGCCUCCAGUAAGGGGCCAUUUGGGAUCUCAAGCUGAGAAGGCUCAGCCCCGUUGCUAUUAUGGCAUUGGUGGGCUUUGGAGAACAUCAGAGCAGGAGACCACUGACUCCCCCAAACAAGAGUUUCAGCACUUCUCACCUCUUCAAGGGGCCCCAGGGAUCCCUACCUCUUACUCAACUUAUUACAGUAUUUCUGUGGCCAAAGCAGAGCUGCUGAACAAGUUGAAAGACCAACCGGAGAUGGCAAAAAUGGGCCUGGGAGAGGAAGAAAUUGACCACGAACUGGCUCAAAAAAAGAUUCAGCUUAUUGAAAGCAUUGGCAGAAAACUUUCUGUCCUACGGGAGGCCCAGCGAGGAUUGCUGGAGGACAUCACUGCCAAUUCUGCCCUUGGGGAAGAGGUGGAGGCCAAUCUAAAAGCUGUCUGCAAAUCCAAUGAGUUUGAAAAAUACCGUUUGUUUAUCGGGGACCUGGACAAAGUAGUCAACCUGUUGCUGUCCCUCUCUGGUCGACUGGCCCGGGUGGAAAAUGCUCUCAACAGCAUCGAUUCAGAGGCCAACCAAGAGAAGUUGGUGCUGAUAGAGAAGAAGCAACAGCUGACAGGGCAGUUGGCUGAUGCCAAGGAGCUGAAGGAGCACGUGGACCGCCGGGAGAAGUUGGUGUUUGGCAUGGUCUCUCGCUAUCUGCCUCAGGACCAGCUCCAAGAUUACCAGCACUUUGUGAAGAUGAAAUCUGCUCUCAUCAUUGAACAGCGAGAGCUGGAAGAGAAGAUCAAGCUCGGGGAAGAGCAGCUCAAAUGUCUCAGGGAGAGCCUACUCCUGGGGCCCAGUAAUUUCUAAUCUCACCAGCAGACUGCCUACACCAUCCCUGCCCCACCACAAUGGGAAGUGCUUUCAAUCCUCCUUAGCAGUUUGUUAGCAAGUAGAUAGCAGUUAGUUAUCAGUUUGUUCCAUAUUCUCUACCCUGGAUGUCUCUCACUGCCCCUUAACCUAGCAGUGCUCCCAACCAGCUAAGAGGACCUGGGGAGGCCCCAAGCUUCUACCAAAGGAGUAGAAGCAAGAAAUAGGAGCUGCAGCAAAAUGUGAUCAUACAACCAAACUCUCCUUCCCACAGUUUGCACAGCCAAGCACUCACCACACACAGAAGCAACAAAGUGCUUUCAUUCUUCUUUGUACUAGGACACCAGGAACAUCAUGCACUCACCACCCACCCACAGCAUCAUCAGCCUUUGAAGUCUCAGAGAGAAGUUGCCCAUGCAGCUCCUCUCUGCCCCAAGGCUCGUGGCCCAGCCAUUUCCCACAGAGAUCUGGCUGUCCUUAGGGCAUUCACCUACCACCAGCUUCAGGGCCUCACCCCAGCUUUGCAGUGAGAAGCACAGAAGGAUAAAUGACAUUUAACAGAAUGUGAGCAAGCGUUGGGAAUCCCCUGAUGCCCUGCUAGAAGGAGCUACACUUAAACAAACUGGCUCUACCCCUGCCUUCCCCAGCAUCUAGUUGAGUGGGAAGAAGCCUGUCUUCAGCCCCAGUUAGUGUGGCCCUCCUCCUGUCUUAAGACUUUGGCCUACUUCCUGUUUCAUCUUGCCUUUUCAUUGCUGGGGGUUACAGGUGCCUACCCUAAUGGCUUCACACUAUGGGCCAUAAAUAGCUCUACUAAAGCUGACUUAUGGAUACAUGUUUUAUUAUUGGAGGAGGGGUUGUUAUUGUUAUAUUUUAAAUGGCCUUUUGAUUUUAUUUAUUUUUAUGUCUUGAUUGUUCUUUUUUUCUUUUUUAACUAAUAAGGUAAGAAGAGGGGAGUUGGAGAGGGAAAAGUUAGCCCAGAAGGAAAGCAUUUUCUGCAGAUCAGCCUGAAUUCACCAUGGCUAGGUAAGCAAGUACCAAGGUCUUGAAUUCUUCCCACCAUAGCUGACAAGUGUCUAAGGAAGGAGUUCUCACUUCAAACUCAGAGCUUCCCCACUGUGGCCUGGCCAUAUACUUCCCUUGAAGUCUGGAUGACCAUGAGCUUAGAGUUCCCCAACAAGCUUCAACUGUUUCUUACUUAUUUUUUCUUGAAACCAAAGAAAUCUGAAAGGGACAAAGGUUCACCCAUUUCUCUACCAUUUCCAAGCUAAGAAAGGCAUAGAGGUGAGCUCAGGAAGAGAUCCUCUAUCCAAUUGUUUUCUUAGCCUGUGGCCUGGCUCAGGGAACCGAAAUUCAUGGUAGCUGGAAGCUCCAGCCACGGCCAGCGGUGCCCCCCCCCCGCCCCAGCACAAGUUAUAAUCCAGCCAGGAUCUUAGGCACACAAAUAAUGAAUGCUGCUGCUGUGGCCAAGGUCCUGACACUGGUAGCCAGUUUCUAUCCUAGAAAAGCCCUCAGGUGGGUGAUGGCAGGAAGGGUGUUGUGGCCAAACUCUGCCCUGUUAUCCAGCUCAGUUCCCUGUUCCUUGUUAACUGGGGCCCAUGCUUGGUGUUGCACAGCCCUGCUCAGCCAACCCAGGCAUUGCUUCUAGUUACUGCUGAGUUCCUCAGGGUCCUUGGAGGUUAACUGUAGCAGCAGGGGUGCCUCAUUCAACCAAAGAAUUUGCCAAGGAACUUUACUGCUGCUACAAAUACUGGUUGCUAGCUUCCGUUUCCUCUUCAUUGUAUUUGGAAACAAUGGAAGAAUCUUGGCCAGCAGGGUGUCCUGUGGGGAGAGGGGCCCUGAGUAUGCUCUUAGUACACUGCUGCUGUCAGAACCACUGUUAAAAUGUCAACCUGCCAUUCUCCCAUCAAGUGGAGGAUUCUACUCUAUUCAUGAAAGCUGAUGGCUUAUAAAGGGCAAGGUUUACCUAAGCCAAGGUUGCAUAAGAUGGGGAAUGUUUUGAAUAGAAGCUGUGGUUGUCAUUUUUUUUUUUUUGUAAACAGGCUCUUAAACAGUGAGCAGGCUGAGGUGUCCUGUACCGGGGGGGAUGAGGCCAAUGUAGCCCAUCAUUCUAAUAUUUUUUUUUUUUUGCCAGAACAACUUUUUGGGAAUAUAGCCCAGGGAAAAGAGUGGCCAUUUACCUGGACACCAUGACCAUGGCUUGGGCUUUUCUAGUCAGCGUUACCAUGGUUGUAUCUUAAGUUUAUCAGACUAAAAGUACUAUUGACUUUGUUAUCUGUGUCCCUUAUCCCACCUCUAAUUAUUCUAAAGUUGGGAUCAGAGUACAAGAAUGCUCAUUUUCACACAGAGGGACAGUUUCCAAAGCACUUAAUAAAAUAAUCCCCAAACUAUAUUGAACAGUGAAGCUCGGCAGUCAAAGGUGAACUACCAGACAGGCAUAGAUGCCCCACACUGCUGACAUGGCAGGCCCAUGAUGAGUGAUAGCACUGCAAAGCCUCCAGUGUUACCUGAGAUGCAGUAUCUCUUGCCUGUUCUCAUUUCCUGUGCUCAGCCCUCCACCAAGGCCUGCCAGGGCAUAGCAGUUUGGAAGGCAGGGCAAGGGACUUCCCCGUACAGGCCACAGUGGGUAAUGGGUAAGCACAGUGGUUGAAACAUAGAGAGGAAUCAGUGUAAGGGGCUCUGGGUAAUUGAAUUUCCUUGAGUCCCACCAGCUGCACAUUCAGCCAGGGUAGAGCAGUAAAUGCUCAAGGGGAAUCCAAGAGAAAAGACAGAGACACCGAAAAUAAUGCCCUAGAAAGAGAGAGGCUGGAAGCCGAGGAAUGGACAGGGUGAAAAGAAUGAAAAGUCUCUUUCAAGACCAGGUUCAGAUUCUGUUUUCCAUUUCACCUCAUGUGCCAAAAAGCUGCCGAGGGGCACCAGAGCCACAACCUUAACUCCAGCCUCCCUAAAGGUGCUGCUCUGCCAGUAGCAGGCCCCAAAUGGAGGAAGCUGGGUACAUUUCUAGCCACUCCCAUCUGGAGUGUGAUGUCUCCCUCUGUCUAUGCCAAAGGAGUUAUCUAUGCCAAUAAUAUUUCUGUAACAGCAUAUUGUAUUCUUUGAA